AUGAAAUCUCUUACCGGUCUCUUACUUUUAGCAGCUUCCGCCACUGCCCACUCUACGUGGCAGCAGAUCUGGAUUAAUGGCGUCGACGGUGGUGUUUCCUGCCUCCGACGUGCUGCUAACAACAAUCCGAUUAGCGUUAACCAGCAGGAACUUGCUUGCAACAGGCACACCAACAGCCCUAAUGUCUGCACUAUCAAACCUGGCGACAAGGUCACCGUCGAGAUGCACAGUCACGAUGACCGCUCCUGCCGAAACGAGGCCCUCGGUGGAAACCACUAUGGUCCCAUCUCAGUCUACAUGGCCGCCGUUUCCGACGCCAAAACUGCUAAUGCCCCUUCGGCCAACUGGUUCAAGGUCCACGAGAUGGGUUUGGUCUCUAACAACCCCAUGUACUGGGCUGUCCAGGUCCUCAACGACAACUGCGGACACUACACCUUCACUGUCCCUGAUAUCGCUCCUGGAAACUACCUCCUCCGUGCCGAGGCUCUUGCUCUUCACGUUGCUAGCGGCUCUGGCGGUGCUCAAUUCUAUCCUGGAUGCUGGCAAGUGAAUGUCAUUGGCAACGGAACUGCUCGACCUCCCACUGUCAAAAUCCCAGGUGCCUACGGUGCCAACCAUCCUGGUGUCUUGGUCAACAUCCAUAGGCAACUUUCGAGUUACGAGAUUCCUGGACCAAGGCCAUACGGAUACACCGCUCCUCCCAUCGCGACCACACCCUACCCGAGGACCGCCACCUGGAACACCGCCCUCCAGCCCUCCACCAUCCCCACAGUCACUCCCCCCGUCAACCAGGAGCCACCCCCAGCUGUCACCCAACCUCCGGUCGUCACUCAACCCCCUGUGGUCACCCAGCCUCCAGUCGUCCAACCUCCUGUCACUCAACCAGGUCAACCUUUGCAAACCCAGUACGGCCAGUGUGGAGGGUAA